GCUCUAUGUUGUCUAUGGGGCCGGGCUCUGUGUUGUCUAUGGGGCCGGGCUCUAUGUUGUCUAUGGGGCCGGGCUCUGUGUUGUCUAUGGGGCCGGGCUCUAUGUUGUCUAUGGGGCUGGGCUCUAUGUUGUCUAUGGGGCUGGGCUCUGUGUUGUCUAUGGGGCCGGGCUCUGUGUUGUCUAUGGGGCCGGUUGUGCCGUAGGUCCGUGAUGUCGCUGUCCGUGCGGGCGGCGCUUUGUGCCGCCGUUUGUGCCGCGGUUCUGUCGGUGUCGGUGUCGCUGUCGGACUCGGGGCUGCGUCACAUCGCGGAGCAGCUCUACGCUGCGGACCGGAACCGGGCGGCACCGGGAGAACUGCGGGUCCGGCUGCAGCAGCGCGUGGAACAUGGAGACGGGCAGGAUCACGCGCCGUUACCGCUGUUCGAUCACGUGUCCCCGGCGCUGCUGAGCCGCGCCCCGUACCCGGAGCUGUUGGCGCUGUUGGACAAUUACGAGAUGGAGACGGGGCGGGACGAGACCGAGACCGAGCGGGAGAAGGACGAACAGACGAGGUUCAUUGACGCCGUGAUGGACGGCGAGUUCAGCACCGCGCUCAUGGACAGCGGGCUGUGGCCGUCCCGCUCAGCUCUUCGCUCUGCUCUGCACCGAAUGUGGUUCGGCCGCUAUUCGCGCUCAGGCGGCGCCGCGUUGGACUCGUCUGGAUUCGAGCACGUGUUUGUGGGGGAGCUGAAGAAGGGCCGCGUUUCGGGCUGUCACUCGUGGCUGCAGCUGCUGGAGCUGGAGAGACGCGGGCGCCUCAAUUACCUGAGCUACAGCUACAAGGGGGGGCCCCCCACCCCGUCGGUCCUGGGCCUCCAGUUCCGCGUUGACGGGCACCUCAAGUCGUUGGGUUCCACCCUGUUGGGCUCCAGCCCCGCGUUGGACCUGGCGCUUUACAGCCUCUGCUUCACCGCGAGACCAGACAGAGUCUGCAAUGUGACUCUGGGUGGGCAGCCGGUGGCCGUGCAGACCUACAGCUGGGAUGGAGAGCAGGAGAAAUUCGUGGCCUCCGCGUACCCCAUCAGCCCCUGAGACCCAUAGAGCCACUGCCCCAUAGA